UAGGGGAGUGGAACCUGGAAGGAUUUCAUUAGGCAGCAAAUUUCUGCGUCGUGGACUAAUCUUUGUGCUCCUAGAAAUGCGUACAUUCAUGGACGGGGAAAUCAUAGGAUCCCAGAGUAAUUAGCCUACAUCUUUGACGGAUUCUGAUGUUCCCCAGCUGCUAGAGAUUAGCAGAGCGACGUGAGUAAAUCAAUCACAGGCGUUGCUGUUUCCGCCAUCGAAACUACUGUAAAAGGAUACUUAUGUGCCUGCAGCAAAGUGCAAUGAAAGAGAUCGAGCGCUAGCUUGCAUUGCUGGUAGAACAACCAACCCAUGACAUCGUCGAGUGGAAGCAGCAGCAGGAGGCUGGAGCAGCAUGAGGCGGAGAAACCCGCACAUCCACAUGGCCUGGAUGCCCUUACGAUGAAGAUGCUGGUGCGCCGGAGCUGGGAGGAGUCGAGGCUGCUCUUGCGCCUUGCCUUCCCGGCGCUCCUGACGGAGGUCUUUCAGUUCUCCAUCGGCUUCGUCACCACCGCCUUCGUCGGCCACCUCGGCGAGGUGGAGCUCGCCGCCGUCAGCGUCGUCGAGAACAUCUUGGAUUCCUCUGCCUAUGGAGUCCUGUAUGGCAUGGGCAGCGCGCUGGAGACGCUGAGCGGGCAAGCCGUGGGCGCGGGGCAGCCGGAGAAGCUGGGCGUGUACACGCAGCAGUCGUGGAUCAUCAGCGUGGCCACGGCGGUGGCGCUGGCGCCGGCGUACGUCCUCGCGGCGCCGCUGCUGCACCGCUCCCUGCACCAGCCGGGCGCCGUGUCGCGCGCCGCGGGGCCGUACGCGCGGUGGGCGGUGCCGAGGCUGCUGGCGCACGCCCUCAACAUCCCGCUGCUCAUGUUCUUCCAGGCGCAGAGCAGGAUCUGGGCCGUGGCGGCCAUCUCCGGCGCGGCGCUGUGCGCGCACGCCGUCCUCACAUACGUCGCCGUCGCGCGGCUCGGGUACGGCCUGCCUGGCGCCGCCGUCGCCGGGGACGUCUCCCACUGGCUCGUCGUCGCCGCGCAGUUCGCCUACAUGACGACGGGGGAACGAUUCCCCGACGCGUGGAACGGGUUCACCGUCCGUGCGUUCAGCAACCUCGGCGCUUUCGUCAAGCUGUCGCUUGGGUCGGCCGUCAUGAUCUGCUUGGAGUUUUGGUACUACACCACACUUCUCAUUCUUGUGGGUCUCCUGCCGCAGGCCAAACUCCAAAUCGAUAUCAUGUCUGUCUGCCUCAACUUCGAGUUCAUGACUAUAAUGGUUGCACUGGGCUUCAGCACAGCAAUCGGUGUUAGGGUGUCCAACGAGCUGGGUGCAAACAGGCCUAAGGAAACAAAGUUUGCAGUGCUUGUGGCAGUAUCGACAUCCAUCUUCAUGGGAGCAAUCUUCAUGGGCGUCGUCCUCAUUUGGAGGACAAGCCUGCCCAAGCUCUUCAGCGACAGCGAGGAGGUGAUCCAUGGAGCUUCCAAGCUGGGGCAUCUCCUCGCUCUGACUGUAUGCAUGAGCAGCAUCUGGCCUAUACUCUCAGGUGUGGCAGUAGGAGCUGGGUGGCAAGUGCCUGUGGCAUUCAUAAACGUCGGUUGCUACUACCUAGUGGGCAUUCCAAUGGGUAUCCUGUUUGGCUUCAAGCUAAAACAUGGCACAAUGGGAAUAUGGAUAGGCAUGUUGACAGGCACGUUUCUCCAAAUGUCUAUACUUCUCGCCAUUAUCUUCACAACAAAGUGGGAUAAACAGGCGGCGCUGGCAGAAGUGAGAAUGGCGGAGUGGGGAGGAAAGAACGAGAACCUGCCACUGAUGGAAACAACACAUACGGCUGAUAAUCAUAUGGCUCCUGCACAAGAGAAAAUCUUGGCGCAUGACAGCCAGAAGAACGUAGAAUUAGUGCGCACAGAUUGAUCACGGAACAUAUAUAUUGGUUUCAGUUCUAGAAAAUAUUUCAUUAUUUACUAUAGGAUGAUGGCUGGCUGGCUGAUUUUUCAGCUGAUACUAAUUUGUUGUAAGAGAAAAAUACCAUUGUAUUCAUAAAUAUAAUUUUUAAAAAUAUAUUAUAUUUAUGAAAAAUUCCAAAUA